AUGAAAGGCGUUUGGAAGCUUGCAGACCCUUAUUCGAAGGAAACCCAGCCUCACAUCCCUUUCUUAGAACCGCCGGCACCACCUACGAUUGACGACCUGAUCGUCAGAGAGAACGAGCGGAGGGAUAAUCUUAUAAAGGAAUGGGAGGAGGCGCCUCUGGCUACUCGUGGAGACCGCCCAAUGCUGGGGGGUGCGAGUUUCCAGGACGUCAAGGAGGAGUUUGCAUAUCGGUCGAGAGAAUACUUUGGGAAGGAGGCGCGCUGGAGCGCCUUGAACUCCAAAUACCAGUACAUGCUGGAGUGGGUGAAUCAGACGGUCCCAAAGGAGCUGCUGCAGCCCCAUAAGACUCGUCUGAUUAAGGAGGAGGAGUUCUCACUCCAAACGCUGGUGAGGUCUCUACGGGACCAGUACGCGGAGGACGACGAAUCGACGAGGGAGCAUGUGCGAGACGAGUACCGUCGAAUACUCAACGAAGGAGCUGCGGGGACCAUUGAACCUCAGCAAUGGAUUCGAAAUUGGGAGCUCGUGCACUCCAAGGCUGUCGCUUUGGAGCCCGAAUUGCAAGAUGUUGUCGGUUCUCUUGCUAUAAAGGAUUUCUUGAGAGUAAUUGCUCAAAGGUUGGACCCUGCUUGGGGCAGUCGACACUUGGGUCUUGUGGUCGACGCCAUCAGUAUGGGGGAAGCUUCCAAGUUGAAGAGCUUGAGAGACUACGCAAAGAUGUUUGAAGGGCAUUUACAGCAAGGAGGAGCUCGUGAGGGUGUGUUCGCCACACUCAACGAGCUCCCAAAAGGAAAGGUUUGCCCUUGCAUGCGUACUCACUCUUGGCAGCCUUCUUCUUGCGACCUAUUGAGGCUUGCUUCUACUGGUCAAAACCCUAGGAAUCUCACAGUGUCGGAGCCAAAGCUUCAAGCUAUUAGAGAGCGAUUCUCUAUGCCUAGCUACGAAAAGCUGAAGGCGAGCUUGGAGCUCUUAUGGAAGGAGAAUGGAGCUUCUACUAGCGAGGGCAGGUCCAAAUACCCUGGAAGUGUAGCUGCCUAG